UAUGUCUUCGCAGCAUUAUACAGCUGACCCGUACGACCUCGCCAACGAAGACGAGAACCACAGUGGGAAAGACUGCAACAAGACCUACAGCUAUCUCUGUUUGUCUUUCUAUUUCUUGCUUCAGUAGAAUCUGCUCUUUUUCCUGCUGUUUUCACUGAUUUCACUCUUUCUCUCUCUCUUUAUCCCCCCGCCCUCCCUCCGUCUGUCUGCUUUUUCACAUCCCUCAUUCAUUUCAUCUGCUCCCUUGUUUUUUGCUUUCUAUCCUGUCUUUUUUCUCUUGCUCUCUCCCUUUUUGUUUUCCCCACUUGCUGUCUCAUGCUUCUCCCUUCUUCCACUCUCUUCCUCCCCCUUGCCCAUCUCUCAUGUCCCUGUCUCUUUGUCCUUGCUUUUUGUAUUUUCAUCUCUCUGUUUCUCACCUGCUCAUGCCCUCAUUUCCUUCAUGUCUUCCCAUUCUACCUCAUGUCUUCCCCUUCUCCCGCUCGUCCUCCAACUCUCUCCCUCCCUCCCUGGUCUGUCUCUCUGUCCCGUAGGUGCCGGAUGUGUGCAGUGACCUUCUUCAGUAAGUCAGACAUGCAGAUCCACUCCAAGUCUCACACAGAGGCCAAGCCCCACAAGUGUCCCCACUGCUCCAAGUCAUUCGCCAACUCCAGCUACCUGGCCCAGCACAUCCGCAUCCACAGCGGGGCCAAGCCCUACACCUGCUCCUACUGCCAGAAGUCCUUUAGACAGCUCAGUCACUUGCAGCAGCACACACGAAACCACACAGAGUCCAAGCCCCACAAGUGUCCCCACUGCACUAAGUCCUUUGCCAACUCCAGCUAUCUGGCCCAGCACAUCCGCAUCCACACAGGGGUGAAACCCUACACCUGCUCUUUCUGUCAGAAGUCCUUCAGACAGCUCAGUCAUCUACAGCAGCACAACAGGAUCCACACAGGAGACAGGCCUUAUAAGUGUGUUCAUCCAGGCUGUGAGAAAUCCUUCACACAACUCUCCAACCUACAGUCCCACAGACGGCAGCACAACAAGGACAAACCCUUCAAGUGCACCAAUUGUAACCGUGGUUACACGGACGCGGCCAGUCUGGAAGUCCACAUGUCCACUCACACGGUCAAACACGCCAAGCUCUACUCCUGUGGCCUCUGCAACCGCACAUACACCUCUGAGACGUACCUGGUGAAACACAUGCAGAAACACAACUCAGACCCACUUACUGCAGCGGCGGUCACUGCUGCACAGCACUCUCAGCAGAACCAAAGCCAUACCCAGAACCAGGGAAGUUCUCAUGGUCGAGGAGAGGGCACCAAUAGUGGGGCAGGCCGAGCCGGAGGACAAGGUGGAGAUCAUGGACAAGGACAAAACCAGGGUAGCUACUCUCAGGCAGAGACGGCACCCUGCCCCUUUGACCUGCACCAGUAUAAGACAGUCGCUGCAGGGGACAUCCAGUUCAAAACAGUCAGUGUGGCGGACCCAGCGACCCACAAGGACCUCUGUCUCACCGUGGCUACCUCCACCAUUCAGGUGGAGCACCUAAACUCAUAGGGGUGGGAGGGAAGAGUGGUAGAGACUGAGAGAAACUGGAGGAGGCCUAUGGACAGACUGGAUAAAAGCAAUACAGAGGGGAUAUAGGAAGAUGUGCCUGAAAGGUGGGUAAUGGAAGAGGAAGUUCAGAGAUGUUUGAACAGAGAUGGACUUUUUGUACUCGUUUCUCACUUUUAUUUCAUUUUGCCAAUGUUGAGUUUGUGUGUUUUUGUACUCUUUUAUAAUGAAUGGCUAGUGUAUACUGUUGGUAAAGGAGUGUUUCUCUGUCCAUCACUGCAAUGGUGUGGAAGAGAGACAAAAAAUGACUGAAGGAGAACAAUGAGUGAAGAGAUGUUCUCUUUUUUUUAUCCUUCUACUCCAUACAAACACAACUUUGAUUGUGGUCACGUCCGUGAAGUGUAUAACUGAAACUAACAGAGAAUUGUUAAGGUACAUUUUUCUACUUUCCCACAGAUACUAUCAGGUUUGGAUUACAUCAUCAUUGUCAUGAUGGUUACUGUAAUCUACCUUGUAAAAUGUGCUCACAAAUCCUUUUCACUGAGAAAAAAAAGGGAAGUACGAUCUGCAAAAGUAUAUAUUGAUAUACAUACCAGUGUGUGUGUAUUAAAAAUGUAUAAUCUAUACUAUAUAACACUUUGAUAUUUAGCCUCAGUCCAGAAGCCAAUCAUAGAGCCAUGUGUACCUCACAUGACCCUGUAAGAACUGGGAAGUGAAUGUGAUCAGCUGGUACUUGUUCUAUGUAAUCCUUGUCAUAUUUAUUUUUUGUGUCCUAAGAAUAUCAUUGUUAUCCAAAUAUAUUCUGACUAUACUUCCACUACUGUUAUACUAAAGUGUAUGAGCCUUUACAAACAGACUGAUCCCUAUGAAAGUAGUGUUUUCCCAUUUCAAACAAUAAAAACCUCACUAAAAUCCAACAAUUUGCUAUCCUGUAACGCAUUGUGCACUUGCAGUAAUGAUAAAGAUUAACUUUGAAGAUUGAGAUGCUGCUGUUUAAUUUAUUGUAACCACAGAGGUAUUAGUUUGAAUGUCACAUUUGAAUAUGACAGCUGUAGACGUAAAUUUGUCCUGUUGAUUGCCUGUCUAGUAAACGCUUGGUUCAUUGA